AAAAUCGAAUACACAGGUUGAAAAGGUAGGAGUACGGGGAAAAAAACCUCAAGUCGAGCUUAAAGAAAAAGAAACGGAUUCAACCAUAUAAGCAGGACGAAAUACGUUAUCUCCCGUAUUUCCACGUUUCUUUUGAAAAGCUAAGGAUCCCAAGAGAGGGUAAGAAAUGUUUCCGUCGAAAGAUAAGAGUGCUGAAAUGGCGUUGUACCGUACUUUGUAUUCGUCAUUCCUGGAAGGUUUUCAAAAUCAAAAUGCUGCCAUUCGGCGGUGAACCCCGUGGAAACAGCCGCGCGUCGCAUCAAUCCCUGUAGCUGAACGGUCGGCUGGGCUCCCUCCACCUCCAGAUUCCAGUCCUCCUACACCGUUGUUUAUAGGGAACGGAACUCCCCCUUUCUCUCUCUUCUCAGUCCCCACUCCAACAUUGCGAGUGAAACCCUCCGAUUGAUUCCCCGAGCAGAGCGAAACCCCCUCGAGGCGUCCGAGCUCCAAGGUUCCGUUUCAGGAGUGCGUUGCGGAGGCAAUGGCGAUGGAUCCGCCCCUCAAAAGGAAGAGGGGGAGACCAUCUGGCUCUCAGUCCGCCAAGAGCAAGAUGGAGCAGAAGAUGGCAUUGGUCAAGCAGAGGCUCGCCUUGCUUGACAGUGCCAGCAGCAGCAGCGCUGAGAUUGACAAGGAUGAUGACUUUGUGCCCAUGGAUGAUGAGCUCACUAUCGUCGCUGCUCACCAGCCUAUAGAAAUUGAUUAUGGUGAUACCUACAAUGAAGACGAGGUUGUUCCUUUAAAAGUUUUGGCAUCGAAGGGAUUGGAGAGUGAGAAAAGAAGGCUUCCUGGCCAAAAUAUAAGUGCAAGCUAUGGAUCUGUGAUGGAUAGAGCUGUGGAGGUACAGGCGAAGUUGCCACCAGAACAUCCUAGCUUUGUCAAGCGUAUGCUCCAGUCUCAUGUUGUCCGUGGUUUUUGGCUGGGUCUGCCAACUUACUUUUGCAACAAACAUCUCCCAAAGGAAGACACCGGAAUUGUCCUAGAAGAUCAAAAUGGACAGGACCAUCAGACAUUGUAUCUUGGUGUUAAGCAGGGACUCAGUGCUGGGUGGAGAGGUUUUGCAAUUAAGCACGAUAUUAAGGUUGGCGAUGUUGUGAUUUUUCAGCUCGUGCGAUCGACGAAAUUUAAGGUAUAUAUAAUAAGAGCAAACGAAUUUACAACAGCUGAUGGAGCAAUCAGUCUGCUGAAUUUGGAAGUGCACAAGAAAGGGAAGCUAUCAAAAAAAGGAUGUUUCGAUGAUGCCAAGUCUAGGGAGGCUGAGAAAGCUAGCCCAGUCGACGACAAAGUCCCUGCCCCUCAGAGUGAUGACAAUAAUGCUGUAGUCAGUGAAGCAAUAGAUGGCCUGAGGAUCUCAGCAGACUCAGACAUGGACUUUGGUGAUGUCACGAGCUUCAGCAACUUCAACAUUGUGGUUGACAGCUUGGUCAUCGACUGCAAGUUUCAUGAUCAUCUGCGCAGGACAUACUAUGAGCUCUGUUGCUCCCAGAAAUCCUUCCUUCACAAGAAUCUGCUGAAGCAGCUAAACCUGGCCCUUGUCGUGGGAGUGAUCAUGGAGACGAUCAGCAUCGCGGAGGGUAUCCGAGCCUGCAAGGCGCAGGCUCCUUCCCGCGAGGACUUGGUGAUCUGGAAGAAGACCCUGGAGUCCCUGGAGCUGCUGGGCAUGAACGUCGCGUUCCUGCUGAAACGCAUCAACGAUCUCCUCGGCCUCCCAGCUGGGGCAAGAGACCUCUCGGAGUGCCAGAAGUACAAGGAACUGAAGUCGGAGAGGGCCCAUGCUGGGGAGAAAGUGAAAGUGCUUGAGCUUAUGCUGUUGAAUGUGAAGGGCGUGCUGCAGAAAAUGGACGCGGAGAUGGAGGAGAUGGAGUCGAGCGUGAAGAGAAGUGGUCUGAUGCUGCAGCAGUUGGCCACGGCACCAUGGUGAUCUUGCCGGUUACCAGAGGCAGGAAAUAUUUUCGGUACAUCUUUCAGCAGUGAGUGUAAAGGAAGAUGCACUGGCUGGAGUAGUGAGGAAACUGGUGUCUGCAGAAGAUGGGCACUGCAUCAUGCAUGCCUACUGAGGGUGAGUGGUGAGUCUGAUGCUAGUUAGGAGUUAGGGCUGGCAGUGGCGAGGCCACACUUUGUGUGCACCUUCAGCAGCUGCAGAGUAGUAGGAGCUAGUACAUGUCUUGGUGUGGGUAGCAGUAACACACUUUGGUGUCCAGUUAGCAGCAAGUAACUGGGACACUCUUUUGGUGGUGAAGUGACUGUAAUCCCCAUGAAAAAUUUCUGGGACCGGAAAUGAAUCAAGGAGAAUCGUUCCUGUGCAA